AUGCCAGAAAAUCGGCAGGUUUUCAAGAAUGUUGGUGCUAAUCCAUCUGGUGCUAACAUUGAAGAAGCGAUUCGGCGAUUGAAAAUCAAUAAUAACCGGGACAGGGAUGCUGCGGCUCAAUCGAUGCCUUAUCCGGAUCGACCUGGUGAACCUGACUGCUUAUAUUAUUUGAGGACUGGAAUGUGUGGCUACGGGAGUAACUGUCGCUAUAAUCACCCUGCUAAUGUUUCACUUGUUACUCAAUAUGGUGAAGAACUUCCUGAGAGAGUAGGGCAGCCUGAUUGUGAGUAUUUUCUUAAGACAGGAACAUGCAAGUAUGGAUCGACAUGUAAAUAUCAUCAUCCAAAAGACAGGCGAGGUGCUGCACCCGUCGUAUUCAAUACUUUAGGUCUUCCUAUGCGUCAGGAAGAAAAAUCGUGUCCUUAUUACAUGAGAACCGGGUCUUGUAAGUUUGGAGUUGCGUGUAAGUUUCAUCAUCCGCAGCAGGCGGCGGCUUCCUUUGGAGCUUACCCGGCGGCUGCCUCUCCUCCCCCCACAACUGUUACUUCAUCAGGGUUUCCAUAUGCUGGCGGGUUUCCUGCAUGGUCGGUUCCGAGAAUGUCGUAUUUAUCUGGACAGGGCAUUCAAUCUUAUGUGCCUCCUUUUAUGCCUUCUACACAAAGCAUUAUGCCUGCGCUGAGCUGGAGCAACUACAUGGGAAGUAUUAGCCCCGCAAUGCCUACCGGUGUUCUCGGAUCUAAUCUUUUCUAUGACUACAUGAAUCCGGCGGGAGAUACACUUUCUGGCGGACAGGUAGUGAAUUCGUUUCUUCCGGAUAGACCCGAUCAACCAGAAUGUAAAUACUUUAUGAGCACCGGAACAUGCAAAUAUGGAUCUGAUUGCAAGUUCCACCACCCGAAAGAAAGAAUAGGCCAAUCAUUGUCCAUUAAUCCUCUUGGCCUUCCCAUGAGACCUGGGAAUGCUAUAUGCUCAUAUUACAGAAUCUAUGGAGUAUGCAAGUUCGGUCCAACAUGCAAAUUUGAUCAUCCAGUUGUAGCCAUCCCUCAGAACUACGCCUUACCCUCGCCCACUCUCUCCGUAUUCGACGCAUCUCUUCUCAAUACUCCAAGAAGGAUAUCGACUGUCCAACAAGCCGACACAUCUCCGUCGAAACAAUCAUCUGACAAGCUUCAACAAUCCGACACAAAAGAUGCGACCGAAGAUUCAUCUAAACAAGCUGACGACACUACAUCAAAUUCUCGCACACCUUCGUCCGAGUCUUUACACGACGAAUAA